UAAGAUCUACAUCUGUCGAAUUACCAUUGACCAAUCACAAUUCAAAAUCUAUACGCCAAAUCGAAUAUUCGAAGUUAGGGUUCAUUAUUACGAUCCAAUAUCCUCCGAAGGCCUUGCAAUUUUAUUCAUUUUCUAUCAAAUCUUCCAUUCAAAUAAUCUACAAGGAACUUUGUAGAGGCGUUGUAUCUGUUUUUGAGAAAUAUACUCACUAUGAAGUUUUUAGAAUACACUCCUCUUGAAAGCAUAAAUGAGUUCUUAAGCAAUUUAAAUCUUGGAGAACGGACAAUCAAGGGAUGCCUUGAAGCUUACUCUUGUAAACACACUGGAACAGACAAAAAGCUUUCUCUCAGUUUAGAGCACGAGAUCCUUGACUAUCUUGGGAAAUCUUCAGACGCUGACUCAUCCUCGCCAGCUGAAUACUUGUUAAGCAGAUCCAGCCGAAAGACAUUGAUUUAUCUUGUUCUUACACUCUAUCACAUGUAUCCAGAUUAUGACUUCAGUGCCAUGAAAGCUCACCAGUUCUUCACAGAGGAAAGCUGGGACACUUUUAAGCAGAUUUUCGACACAUACAUGUUUGAAGCAUCAAAGGAAUGGAUCAAGGAAAAUGAAGGUGGUUCCUUGGUGGAAACCUUAUUCAAGGCUCUGGACGAGGUUGUGAAAAUAGCAGAAUGUGAAAUCUACAGCUAUAAUCCAGACUCUGAUGCAGAUCCAUUUCUAGAGAAAGGAGCAAUCUGGUCUUUCAGUUUCUUUUUUUACAAUAGGAAACUAAAGCGCGUUGUGAGCUUCCGCUUCUGCUGCCUAAGUAACUUGGUGGUGGAUGGAUAUCUUGUGGACAAUUCUAGUUAUGAGGAAGAUGGGGAAAUAUUUGAUGACAUGGACAUGUGAGUGCUGAUAGUGAUGGACUAUUAGCAUGAUGUUCAUAUGUGAAGACCAAUAACAAUGAUCUGUAGUUAUGCUUCUGUCAGUGCCCCUACCCGUGGCACCUAAGUGGUAGGAUUAGCUUUUUUGCUUCUCAAUGCAUGUAGUUACUCUUCUCUUGUUGUAAAGAAAAAUGCUUCUAAAAAUAUAUGUGAAAUCUAGCGGUAGUCUUGUGAUAAGAUGUGAGGAUUCAAGUUUCUACAAGACACUCAUUUCUCCCUAUCUUCUAAAAUAGUGCCAUUUGUUGAUUUUGUAUGUACAUAUGGAACUGCAUUUGGCUCAUAUUUCCAAUAAUGGAAGAUAACAUUCGUGCA